GAGUGCACACACACAUGCAGAAUCCUCUCGCUCAUGUGCACGAACACACUGGCUUUGCACAUGCAUCGAGUGGAGCAGAGAGGGGAAAACACCACCGUGGAGAAGUUGCAUGAAAGAGCGGUCUCAGCUGAGGACUAAGUUUUGAAGUCAAACCAUGGAAGCCGAGCAGUGGAGGUAGAAGAGAGGAGGGGAAAAAAAAGCUCCCAGCUGGGGAUUACUGGACACUUCACUUGUAUGAGCUCUUGUCAUGGUGUUAUCGUACCUGAUCAUCUCUGCGAUUUGGAUUUCCCACGGAUCAAAGUCUGCUUUCUGAGCAAGUUUCUUGUGAAUGAGGCGCGUGGAACUGGGAAACAUGUCAAACGGACGCUUCAGUCACCUGUUAAGGGGAGUCUGGCUGUUCUGGCAAGCUGUGUUUGUGGUGGGAACGGGGAGUAAACUCUGGGAGGUGCCCACAGGACCCUUCGCUUCCUCCUCCAAUGUCAGCGGGAGCCUGCAGUGGGCGCCCCGCUGUCAGCAGCGCCACCUGCAGGACGACGUGAGAGUCACAGCAGAGAUCCCCCCGAAACUGGACGGCACCUGGGUCUCAACGAGAUGUGAAGUUCGCCCCGGUCCAGAGUUCCUGACCCGCUCCUACUCCUUCCACUCCAGUCGCCACUUCCAGGCCCUGCAGCACUACUACACCGACGGCGCCUGCGAAGAUCCAGCCUACUCCCUGAUGGUCAGGGGGAAGAUCCGUCUUCGCCAGGCCUCCUGGAUCACCCACGGGGGCACGGAGGCCGAGCACCACCUCACCAAGGUGGCCAUCGUGCUCCACAGCAUGGCGGCCAAGCAGCGGCUGGCCUCCAGGCUGCCGCCGGCCUGCGUGAGCCUCAGCCUCGGCCGAGCGCUGCCCGGGAAGCCCCGCGAGCUGUACAACACGCGGGCGGGGAGGGGCUGUCUGGCGGCGCUCGGCUUCUCCAUGAUGGAGAUGGGCCUGGUACGAGUGGAGACGCACCACCACAGCCACGGAGGGAAGGUCCAGAAACUGUUCUUGGGGGAUAUUCACACAGACUGGACUCAAAGAACCCAGCACAGACCUACAGGGUACCAGCAGCCGCUGCAGAACGCCAUGCAUCACAUCCACCCCUGUCCUGUGUGCGCUCUGGUGUACCGCUCCUCGGAGCAGCGCCCCGCCGUGUUGCCCCGCAGUCCUGCAUCUCCUCUGUCCCUGGCCGGCCGCUGGGUCAGUCAGAGCUGCGAGACUCGCCCCACGGUCCUCUUCCUCACCAGGGACUUCGUCUUUGAUCCCAGCCAGCACACCUGGGAAGGCGUCUACCGGCACUACUCGGACCCUGCGUGCUCACAGCUCACUUUCAUCCUGAGAGCCUUGGGACAUUACGCUCUGGGAAAUCCCUCCGUCAAACUCUCGGGAGCGUCUGAGCUGGUCUUCAAGGUCACUCGGGUGAAGGUCACUGCCUUGGACAAGCCCAUCGCAAAGUUGCUGAACGGCACAAAGCCGGGGAAGUGUGGUCGGACAGGAGGCUGGGAGGUCGGGGCGGAGCAGGAUUUGACCCCGACAGAUGGGUGCACUGUGCUGGGCAUCAAGCUGCCACAUAAGGAGUAUGAACUCUUCAAAAUGGAGCUGGAUCACAGGAAACAUCCACUGCUCUUUGUUGGAGAGAGGCCAACCGAUGGCUCCAGUCCUGACCGGCCACUGAAGCGACCCACGUCCUUUCAGGCCCCCAUGGUGCUUUGCAGCGGGGGGCAGGCACAGCCUUCCUACUCCCGUUUUGAGAGUAAGCAAGAACAGUUGGCCAGUGGGACGGGGAAGGUAGCCCAGCUCCUGAUACCGCUGUUUGGGUCUGUGCUGUUCAGCUGGUUCUACGUUUAUUAGAGACAGAUCAAACCUGCUCCACCCGCCCCAGUCAAGGAUGGACGUUGUUUUGUGGCAGCUGCCUUUCACCCUCUGGGGAGCACAUAUGAGGAGAAUCACCAGACCUUCCGAGGAGCAGAAGGAUCUUUCAUAUCUGGCUUUAACAUGGUACAUUUAGGUUCCCUUUAAUUGACCCACUUCAGCUAUUUUAAAAGAAAUAUAUACACAUACAUAAAACUACUCUGUAUAGAGCACACAUAUAUUAUGCAAAUGCCACUGAACAUGUUCAGUCCAGUUGGGCUCAGUUUGGAUAAUGAUCACAUGUCUGAGUAGGAACUAUUUCAUUCAUGUCGAUGUGGAGAUGCUGAUCAGUUAUUUCAUCAUCAAAACUUAAGCCAUGAACCUUACAGUGGACUUUCUACCGAGUUGCAGGUUGACUAAUGCACUUUGUACAGAACAUUGUCCUUUUUUUUUUUUUUUUUUU